AUGAACAAAGAUGCGGAUGUUGCCUCUGCUGGAACCGAGCCCGGUCCGAGUAAAGACGGCACCACUGGCGGCAACGAAGAUCCGGGGCGAGGGAGCGCGAGUCUUGCACUCCCGUCGGUGGAGAUGGAGGGAUCGGCGACGGAGGGAAAUCACGGAGGCAAUCCCCGCGCCGAGCAUGCCGCAACCAAGGAGUCCGAGGCGGCGGCAACGCAACACCAUCUAACGCUGCUCCAGCCGACCGUGGUCGAAGUUUCUGCAGCCGUGCUGGAUAAGGACAAGAGGAAGAGCGAUGGGGAGGACGAUUAUGACACCGCCGUGCCCGGGGACCUCAUUACGCGGGCGAAGAGGCGGCAGACGACAAGUAGUGCUGACGACGCCGGAGGCGCGGCAGUUGGGACACCGCCAGGCGCCAAUGAAGCUAGUGGCAAGGCGGGCGGUCAAGCAUUGCGCCAGAAGGGCCGACCCGCAGCAAGAAAACCAUCUGGCGGAAGGAGAGGCAAGAAAGCAGCGACGGGAACAAAGCCGAAACGGGGCGAUGAAGACCCCAGUGAUGCGGAGGAGGAGGAGGAUGCGGAGGGAGAGGAGGAUGAAGAGGAAGCGGAGGAGGAUGACGCGGAUGUUGGGGAGGAUGAAAAAGAUGAGAAUGAUGGCGGGGAGGACGAAGAGGAGGAGGAGGAGGAGGAGGAUGAGGAGGAGGAGGAGGAGGAGGAGGAGGAGGAGGAGGAGGAGGAGGAGGAGGAGGAGGAGGCAGAGGAGGAGGAGGAGGAGGAGGAGGAGGAGGAGGAGGAGGAGGAGGCAGAGGAGGAGGAGGAGGAGGAGGAGGAGGAGGAGGAGGAGGAGGAGGAGGAGUAG